AUGAAGCUCAAGUGUAGGAAGAGCGAUCCGCAGGCCUUGAAGGCCGUCCUGGCGGCGGGGAGCGCGAAGCUCACGAUCGACGCUGUGGCGCCAGGCAGGGAGGCAGCUGCUGCGCACUGCGCGCCCGCCGGCCCGGCGCCCCCGCAGGAAUUUCCGCUCCUCCUCGUCGACGGAGACGCGCCGGGGUCGCUCUCGGACCCGAACGCGAUCGCGCGCAGGGUCGGCGGCGAGCGCGUCUUGCCGAAGGAGGCAACUGGCCUGGUCGAGACGUGGUGCGAAUGGGAGGAGACAGUGCUGCGGCCCGCCGUGUACGGCACCGGCGCGGACCUGGCCGCGGCCCUGAAGAAGCUGGAGGGCGCGGUGAAGAAGGGCGCCUCCGUCACCGGCCACGCCCAGCCGAACACCCUGGCCGACGUCGUCAUCGCCGGCACCCUCCACGCAGCCGCCCCGCUGCCCGCGGGCGGCGCUGCCGCCGCGUACGUCCAGUCCGUCCUCGCCGCCUGCGGCUACAAGGACGACAAGUACCCGAUGGACGCCGUCGCGGACGUCGUCGCGGAGGACCGCGCGGCCGCGCUGCAGCACCACCCGAAGGCUCCGAUUCCCGGCGCGAAGAACAUCUUGAUCACGUCGGCCCUGCCGUACGUGAACAACGUGCCACACCUGGGCAACAUCAUCGGGUGCGUGCUGUCCGCGGACGCGUUCUCGCGGUUCUGCCGGGCGCGCGGAUACAACACGCUGUACGUCUGCGGCACGGACGAGUACGGCACGGCCACCGAGACGCGCGCCAUCGAGAUGGGAGUCACGGAACAGGAGCUGUGCGACCACUUCCACGCGAUCCACGCGGAGAUCUACGAGUGGUUCGACAUCGACUUCGACAAGUUCGGGCGCACGCCGACGCGCGCGCAGACGGAGAUCGCGCAGGGCAUCUUCCGGGACCUGCACGGGCGCGGGCUGCUGUCCGUGCAGACGAUGGAGCAGCUGUACUCGGAGAAGCUCGGGAAGUUCCUCGCGGACCGCUACGUGUCCGGGAAGUGCCCGAAGUGCGGCUACGACGACGCGCGCGGCGACCAGUGCGACGGCUGCGGCAACCUCCUCAACCCCACCGAGCUCAUCGAGCCCCGGUGCAAGUUCACGGGGACCAAGCCGGUGAUGCGCAAGACGAAGCACGCGUUCCUCGACCUCCCGCAGCUGGAGGGGGAGCUGAAGAAGUACGUCGAGGCGGCGUCGGCGCAGGGGGGGUGGUCGGCCAACUGCCUGGCGACGACGCACGCGUGGAUCCGCGACGGGCUCAAGCAGCGGUGCAUCACGCGCGACCUGAAGUGGGGCACGCGCGUCCCGCUCGAGGAGCUCCAGGACAAGGUCUUUUACGUGUGGUUUGACGCCCCGAUUGGGUAUCUGAGCAUCACGGCGAACUACACGACUGAGUGGGAGCGGUGGUGGAAGAACCCGCGCGACGUCGAGCUCGUGCAGUUCAUGGGCAAGGACAACGUCCCGUUCCACACGGUCAUCUUCCCGUGCACGCUCCUGGGCACGGGCGGCGACUGGACGAUGAUGCACCGCAUCAGCGUGACCGAGUACCUGAACUACGAGGGCGGCAAGUUCUCCAAGUCGCGCGGCACGGGCGUGUUCGGCGGCGACGCGCGCGACACGGGCAUUCCCGUGGAGGUGUGGCGGUUCUACCUGCUGUCCAACCGCCCCGAGUCCGCCGACUCGGACUUCCAGUGGGACGACCUGGCGCGCAAGAACAACUCCGAGCUCCUCGCGAACCUGGGCAACUACGUCAACCGGUGCAUGAACUUCGUCUUCUCCCGCUUCGACGGCGUCGUCCCCGCGGCGGCACGCGCGGGUCCGCAGGCCGAGGCGGUGGCGGCGCUCGGGCGCGAGGUCGGGGAGCUGUGCGCCAAGUACGUGGACCUCAUGGACCGCAUCAAGCUGCGCGACGGCCUGUUCCAGGCGAUGAUGGUGUCCAAGGCCGGCAACCUCUUCAUCCAGGAGAACAAGCCGUGGGACCUGUUCAAGGCGGACAAGGGGGCGUGCGGGACGCUCAUGGCCGCGACGAUCGGCCUCGUGGGCGUGCUCGCCGUGCUGAUGCAGCCCUUCAUGCCGUCGUUCUCCCGCAAGGUGCUCUCGCAACUCAACCUCCCCUGGGACUUCACCCUGUGCCUGGACGACACCUUCCUCGCGCGCGUCCAGGACAUCGCGACGUUCGUCCCCGCGGGCCACCGCAUCAACAAACCCGCCCCCAUCUUCCGCAUGAUCUCCGACGACGAAGUCGCCAGCUUCCGCGCCAAGUACGGCGGCCGCCAGGCCGCGCCCGCCGCGUCCGGCGACGGCAAGAAGGACGCGGGCGACAAGAAGGGCGAGGCCUCGGGCGCGGGCAAGACGGACAAGAAGGAGAAGAAGGCCGCGGGCGGCGGGGGCGCGAAGGGCGCGGCCGCGGCGGACCGGCCCGUGGACGUCACGCGCGUGGACCUGCGCGUGGGCGUCAUCCGCAAGGCAUGGAAGCACCCGGAGGCGGAGUCGCUGUACGUCGAGGAGAUCGACCUGGGGGAGGAGUCUGGGCCGCGGACGGUGGUGUCGGGGCUGGUCAAGUUCAUCCCGGAGGACCAGAUGCAGAACCGGCGCGUGGUGUGCGUGUGCAACCUCAAGCCGGCCAAGAUGCGCGGGAUCCUCUCGCAGGCCAUGGUGCUGGCCGCGAGCGACAAGGCCGGCGAGAAGGUCGAGCUGGUGACGCCGCCGGAGGGCGUGCCGCCGGGCGAGCGGCUCACGUUCCAGGGCUACGAGGGGGAGCCAGACGCGCAGCUCAACCCGAAGAAGAAGGUGUUUGAAGGGGUGUCGCCGGACUUUACGUCUCGGGAGGACAAGAUCUGCACGUACAAGGGCGUGCCGUUCAUGACCUCGAAGGGGCCGUGCACGGUGGACAGCAUCGUCGGCGCGGACAUCCGGUGA